GUGUGAGAUUAAGUGGGUUAUUUUAAUUAAAACCUUCUUCUUACCUGUGUGUUUGUCACAGGAGGAAUGGAUAUAGAUGCCGUGUUGGACAGUGAUGGUGAUGAAGACAGAAACAGAAGAGCCAGAGGCAACAGGAAGCCGCCCAGACCUCGCAGGAGGCAGGCGGAAAGCGAGGAGGAGAGUGAAGAAGAGGACGAAACUCCCAGGAGGAGAAAGGCCAAGAAGAAAGCCAAGGAGGAGAGCGAAGAGGAAAGUGAGGAGGAGGAGAAGAAAGGUCGGAAAAGGGGUGGCAAAAGGGCUGCCGGAAGAAAGAAGAAUACGAAGGAUGAGGACAGCGAGGAGGAGAGUGAGGAGGAACGAGGGAACAAGAGGAGGGGUGGAAAAGGAGCCAGCAAACAGGUGAAAGAGGAUCAGAACAACAAGGAGAAGAAAGGGCGAACAAAGGGGUCAGAAAAAGGGGGGAAUGACAAAGACAAAGACAAGAAGAAGGGGAAGGACAGCAGUUCGUCGAAUGAGGAUGAUGAAGAGGAUGAGUCGAUGUCCGAGGGCGAGAUGGCCGCUCUGAAGGAAGAGGUGGAGGAGAAGAAGAAGGAAAUCAUCAUACUGCGGAACAAGCCAUGGCGCAUGAAGAGGAGGCUCAAGGCUCUGAAGGAGGCCCAGGCGUUUGUGGAAAAGUUUGAAGGAGCUCUGGGGAAAGGUAAAGGAAGGAAACUGUAUGCAUUCAAAGUUAUGAUGGCAAAGAAAUGGAUCAAGUUCAAAAGAGACUUUGACAAUUUCAAGACCGCCUGCAUUCCUUGGGAGAGGAAGAUAAAAGAAGUUGAAAGUCACUUUGGGUCCUCAGUAGCUUCUUACUUCAUCUUUCUGCGAUGGAUGUAUGGCCUGAAUCUCAUACUUUUUGGAUUCAUCUUUGGACUAGUUAUUAUCCCUGAGCUCCUAAUGGGGCUUCCUCAGGGAUCCAUACCUCGAAAGACGGUUCCGCGGGCAGAGCAAGCUAAGGCUAUGGACUUCUCCGUCCUCUUCGAAUUUGGUGUGAGCGCUUCAUUCAACGACUCUCUGUGCAGGGGAUGGGGUUGGAGGGUCACCAUGAUAUUUGUUAUAGCUCUGCUCCUGUCAUUCUCCAUCAAAACCCCCCAUGUUGUGGCUUUGUCCAAACAGGGUUACUGUAAAUACUCUGUCCUGUUUUACGGCUACUACAAUGACAAGCGCACCAUAGGACUCCUGCAGUUCAGACUGCCUCUGUCCUACCUCCUGGUUGGCGUUGGGAUAUUUGGAUAUAGCCUGAUGGUUGUCAUCAGAACCAUGGCGAGGAAUGCCAACGAGGGGGGAGACGGAGCCGAGGACAGCGCUUUCACCUUCAGCUGGAAGCUCUUCACCAGCUGGGAUUACCUCAUCGGAAAUCCGGAGACUGCGGACAACAAGUAUGCCUCCAUCACCACCAGCUUCAAGGAGUCUAUUGUUGACGAACAGGAACAACAGAAGGACGAGAACAUUCACCUACGCAGGUUCCUCCGAGUCUUAGCCAACUUCCUUAUCCUCUGCAGCCUCGCAGGAAGUGGUUACCUCAUCUACUUCGUGGUCAAGAGGUCACAGGACCAACAGGAUGAUGCAGACCUUACAUGGUUUGAAAAAAACGAGGUUGAAUUUGUGAUGUCUCUUCUGGGUUUGGCGUGUCCACCUCUGUUUGAGACUAUUGCUGAGCUGGAGGACUAUCACCCUCGGAUAGCUCUGAAAUGGCAGCUUGGCCGAAUCUUUGCCCUCUUCUUGGGCAACCUCUACACCUUCCUGUUUGCUUUGUUUGAUGAAGUGCAAGAGAAGCUGGAGAAGGAGAAAGACAUCAAGAAUGCCACGGUUACGGCCAUCAAUGACUACUAUGCCAAUUACUCUAUGUACCACAACACGACUGACAUCCCACCUCCAGCAUUUGAACCUGCUGAUGUUAUUAGAGGACCCUGCUGGGAGACUGGUGUUGGCAUAGAAUUUGUGAAGCUUACAGUGUCAGAUAUUCAGGUGUCAUAUCUGACCAUCUUGAUCGGAGACUUCUUGAGGGCUGUGAUCGUACGUUUCCUCAACUACUGCUGGUGCUGGGACCUGGAGGCUGGAUUUCCAUCGUAUGCAGAGUUUGACAUCAGUGGCAAUGUGCUUGGGCUCAUCUUCAACCAAGGAAUGAUCUGGAUGGGAGCAUUCUAUGCCCCGGGCCUGAUCGGGAUCAACGUCCUGCGCCUCCUCAGCUCUAUGUACUACCAGUGCUGGGCCGUGAUGAGCUGCAACGUCCCCCACGCCAGGGUCUUCAAGGCCUCGGGCUCCAACAACUUCUACAUGGGCCUCCUUCUGCUGGUGCUCUUCCUCAGCCUGAUGCCUGUCAUCUACACCAUCAUGACCCUCUCUCCAUCUUUCGACUGUGGACCGUUCAGUGGGAGGGAGAAUAUGUAUGAUGUAGUCAUUGACACGAUAGACAGGGACCUGCCUGAAUUCAUGGGAACCAUCUUCAGCUACGCGACCAACCCCGGCCUCAUCAUGCCUGCCGUGCUGCUUAUGGUGUUGGCACUCUAUUACCUGAAUGCUGUGUCAAAAGCUUACCAGCAAGCUAACCUGGACCUGAAGAAAAAAAUGCAAAUGGCCAGAGAUGAGGAGAAGAAUCGCAGAAAUAACAAAGCCAGCACCAACCAGGUCAUGAAAGACCUGGAGGACCUGAUGCCCAAAAAGUCACUCAAUCCCCCACCUGAACCUGAUGAGCCAGCAGAACCCACCAAAGAGCAGGCUAAAGGCAAGUCCCCAAAGUUGUCAGGGAAACCAGGCACAGCCAAUGGAAAAGGAGUAAACUUGCAAAAAGAGGUCUCAUUGGCUGCAGCAAACCCCCGGGGACCCAUAACCCAACCUCCAGGACCCAGGGGUUCGAUACCAGGCAAUCGUAGAGGUCCUUCACCUGGACCGGGCAGAGGACGAGGAAGAGAAGGCCCUCCCAGAAACUAGUUUUUUUAACAGAGAAAUACACAAAGUAACUUUAACAACCGUCUACACAUGUAGUUCACAUCCACUGCAAACACACCAAACCCACACGUGUGUCAUGAAGGGUUUCUUUUAAGUGCACAUAUUGCUCUAUCUGUUCAUUUGUAUUUUUGUACAUAAUUAAACGUAUUAAGUCUUAA